CCUAGGUGAACAAGUUCAAGUUCAGCCAGCUGAUCCGAUUUGUUUUGGUUUUUCAUGUGAUAUAACAUAAUAAGAAAAAUUAAGCGAGAAAAGCCGUUGGGAGCAACUACAAUGUUCCAACACGGGCACCUACUGCUCUGGCGGUCAGUAAUAGCGCGCAACCUGCACACCUCUCUCGUCCAGCAAAUGAGCCACUACGAGUCUUUGGGAAUCGGAAAACAAUCCACGCAGAACGAAAUCAAGGCUGCAUAUUACAAGCUUUCCAUGCUUUACCAUCCCGACAAGAACCAAGGAAGCGAAAGUGCGGCUAAGAAGUUUAGAGAAAUCAAUCAGGCUUACGAGGUGCUUGGUAACUACAGAUUGCGGAGGUUGUAUGACAAGGGAAUUGUGCACACCGCUGGUGCACAAUACUCACAGAAUGUUCAGGAUUAUCCCGAUCCCGUCGUGGAGGACGAUCCAGAAACGAAAUUCUACAAAUCCCGCUUUCAGAAGUCAAAGGUGGCCGACUCCGAGGGACGGACUCCAAUCUACGAUUUUGACGAAUGGUCCCGGUGCCACUACGGAAAGUCGUUCGACCGUAGACAGGCUGCUCAGGCAAAGCACGAACGAAUCAGAGUACAAAAAGAGGCUAACCAGAUUUCGGGUCAGACGGAUUUGGUUUUGCUAUCACUGCUCUUUGCCGGAGUUUCAUUAUAUCUCAUGUUCCUGGCGGAGAGCUCCUAUGAUAAUCCAAAAACGCGAGCGGAAGAGCGGCACAAACGGUUAAGAGAGGAGCAAGGUCGGGUAGCCAAGGAAUAGUAUAACUUGAAUCCGGCAUAAGCAUAGGUUUAGGCUUUAAUGUUUUAAUGAAGAUGUCUGUUUUUGUGGAUAGGAAUCGAAAGGCCUUAGUUUUCAAGACACUAAGUUGCUAAAUAAAUUAUGAAUAAGGAAGCCUCCAUGAGAAUGUGAAUUCAAAUGUGUAAAUAAAUAGACAAUUUCAUGACGAGAUUAACAAAAUUAACUUUAAUUAAAAUCUUCCGCUGCGUUUUCGAGCAGUGUAUUUU